AUGGACAACCAGCAGCAGGAAUCCUUCAAGCAGCUGCGCGCACCGUGUGUAGAGCUCAGCUCAAUAGGUCUACGAUUUCGCGGCAACCAAGCUUCCUCGGCCGAAGUUAUUCGAGCUCUUGAACCCGUCCAUGAUGUCCUAGAGCUUUUGGCGGGGAAAAAGCUCCUCGAUGAGAAGCUCGCCGAAUAUGCCUUCUUUCCUCUUUCGCACAUUUUCAACGAAACUCAGAGGUUACCGGCGCGUUGCUUAGAGCUGGCGGUGCACUCACUACGGAUACUGGUCGCAGAAGGAUGGCGACAGCGAUUGUCGCCCGCGUUGGGCAAACAAUUGAUCAUACUCCUGACAUUGAUCGUCGGAGGGUCACCAGGCAAGGCCGAAGAGAAAGACUUGCCUGCUCCGAAGGUGUCGGAGGAGCUUGCCAUUGCCGGUUUUGAUUGUCUUCGUGCAAUCUUUGACGUUUUACAAGGCCCCGUAGCAGAGAAGACCAUCUUCCACGAGAUCGGCACAGCUACUGUCGUUGACCGGACUGUCUAUAUUAUGCUGGAGGGCAUCGUUGACGAGCGUUCUGAUGAGCUUUGCUUAGUCGCUGCGAAGGCCAUGCAAGCUCUGUAUGUUCGGGUCACUGAUCGUGUUGUCCUAGCAAGCAUCAUGCCUCGCACUGUGUCUGCAUUGACUAAAGUAGUGAGGCCUACGACACGAAGUCGUCGGUCGUACAAGCUAUUACAAACAUCCUUACAGCUAUUGACUUACCUGCUACGCGCUGUCAUUAGCGAUCGUGUCGCCAGCCAACCCACUGAGAAGCCCGCUCUGAUCGAGGGCAAAACGGAUAGUUUAGCGCUUGACGCCCCUUGGUUGAAAGCAACUUGUACGCAAGUCAAGUUGGCAUUGGCAAAUGUCAUUCAAAUUCGGCGCCACCAGCGGAUAGAGGUCCAAUCAGCUCUCCUCGAGCUUUGUGUGAUGGUGGUCGAGGAAUGUCCUACUACCCUCAAUGACGCUCUCUCCAUGAUGGUGGAGACUAUUGUUGUUUUGUCUGACAAGGAAGAAGAAGCCUCAAAUAUGGCGUAUAACACGAUUCUCCAUCUUGCCACUACCUAUCCAGUCGUGUUGGAGUCACUCAAGGAGUCUGUUCACACGUGGCUAUCAUCCUUCCCUCGGAUUAUGCAAAGCAACGAUGAGACUGCUAAGCAGUGGGCCAUCCGGCAGAUAUCCACUGUCUUUCAAGUCCUCACUCAAGUUCAUUCCCAAUCCGAUCUCCUUACGGGAAGCCUCGCAUCUGGACUCUGCGAUAGUGUCGGCGCGGUUGUCAUGUCUAGCACCAGUGCUUUGCAGCCACUGGACCUUACAGCGCCAGGUAAUUUAAGCUGGGAUGUGCUUCGCUACGCUUCUGACUCGAUAACAUUCCCACCUAUCUUACUGGAGCAUCGAAGCCAACAGCAAACUUUGAAAGAUCUCCAAUCAAUGAUCAGAAGGUUGAACUUUUCUGAAUCGGGUAACGAGAUCACGCGGUUGGUUGUCAACCGUCUCCAUGCCACUUCGGACGGCUCUCUUGUUGCGCCCUUCUGGUUAGCAUUGUCCUCCCUUCGCGCCCAAUCUCAAGUCGGUGCUGGCUUUGAUGAGUUCAUCGCGGAUGACUUUGUGGAACAGCCACUUUCGAGAUCCAAACGCAGCGGUAUGAUCGAAGAAUUGUACUAUGUGUCAUUGAAGAUCUUGAAUGACCUUUCCACUGACGGCUCCGGUGACUGGCGGACGUCAGCACUUGCAUUGGAGGCGGUGGCACUUCAAGCCCAGCAGCUUGGAGAAGCUUUCAGGCCUGAGCUCAUGGAUGCCCUGUACCCGGUGCUGCAACUGCUUGCCUCAAACAAUUCCAGUCUCCAACGACAUGCUAUGACAUGUUUGAACAUUCUCACCUCAUCUUGCAAUUACUUAGACACCAGCUCCAUGGUUAUCGAUAACGUGGAUUACUUGGUGAACUCGGUGGCACUCAAGCUGAAUACUUUCGAUGUUUCACCGUAUCCUCCACAAGUUCUGUUCAUGAUGGUCAAGCUGUGUGGUGCCCGGCUGGUUCCGUACCUUGAUGAUCUCGUUGACUCCAUAUUUGGCAUCUUGGACUUGUAUCAUGGGUACCCAAAGCUCGUCGAAAUUAUGUUCAAAACCCUUGCAGCUAUUGUUGAGGAGGGAGCUAAGAAGCCGGCGUUUUUGACAAUCGAUAUCGGUCGAGAGAGCGGCAUACGCGAGAGCCAAAAAUCUCAUUAUCAGCAUCUUUCAGUUGCGACCAUCGCUACAGAUAUUGCAGACCGCAAGUCAAAGCAUGAUAGAACGAUCGAAGAAGAUAUGGAAUUCGAUAGAACUAUUGCUCACCCUAAGAAACCUUGGUCUGAGACCUACGACAAGCCGCCGAAAGAACCGGAGACUAUCGAGGAGAUGCUCAAUAUGGCCGAAUCCGACGAGCCACUCCCUCCACCGAAAGAGCCAGAGGAUAGUGAAAAACCUCUGAGCAAGACUCACUCCCUACUUGUGCACAUUGUCAAAUCUAUCCCUUCUCAUCUGACUUCUCCAUCCCCAUACCUCCGGCGCUCCUUACUCUCGAUUCUUGAUGAGGUGUUACCAGCACUCUCUCAGAACGAGAACAGCUUCCUCCCAUUGAUAAAUGAUUUGUGGCCUACGGUGGCCUCGAGAAUCAUAUUCCCCUCAUCAUCUGGAAAUGAAACAUCCUCAUCCAGAUCUUUGAUUGCCCGGUCCUCCAUCGAGCUAGAGAGUGGCUCCAAGCAACCUGAUGUAAACCCUUUCCAAGAGGAAACCUUCGUGAUGAUCGCCGCUUGCAAGGCAAUUGAAGCUAUGUGCAAGGGUGCUGGUGACUUCAUGGCCUCGCGCAUCGAGACCGAAUUCCCCCGCUGGGAGCGUCUCUACCAACGGGUCUGGAGUAAGGUGAAGCAAGAUACAGAAGCAGCCAACGCGCGACGCAAUCGGCAGCAUCAACAGAAGAAGGCAUCUUCUGACCUGGACACCGAUUUGAGCGUCACAGUAUCGUCCUCCCUCACCCUUUCCCCAGCCACUCCAGGAUCCAGGGCUUUCACUCCGCACCACACUCUGUGGCGCGCUCUCAUCUCUCUCUUCCUGACUGUGCUUUCGACCGUUCGGCUACCCCUGGAGGUAGGCGAUGAAAUCUGUGAGAUGCUGAGCUCAUGGAUAGCUCUCCUUGUCGGGCCGGAUUAUUAUUUCCACGCUUCUAGGAGCAGUUUUGAUCCUUCGACCCUGGACGAAGCCCAAAGAAAUGUUCUUGAACCGGCCGAAGAUGCCAUCAGGGCCAUGGAGGCGUGGAAUGAAGAUCUAACAUGGUUCAUUUUCGCACGCGAGACGAUGAAAGCCCUAGAACAGACACAGAGAUCUGUUUCUGGGUCCUUGACUACGGAAGUGUUUGGAGAGUCAUUCCACUUCGCCAAUGUCGCAUUCUAG